ACCUUGUGCAUAAUAAUGCUCUCAUAUGUUUACACAAGCAUUGUGACUGGAAAAACGAGUUGUUUGUCCCCAGCCUCCAUCUCCUCCUUCUCUCCUGCACUUCUCUUCUCUUCUCUGUUGAUCUGUUCAUUUCUUACUUCACUGUGGAAUAUAUACGAUGGACCAGAUCAGGUUUUUCCAGAGAAGAUCAGUGACAGUGCUGGGAGUUUGUGGAGUCUCAUCACCCAGAGUCACCUCAGAUUAAUAGACCUGCAGAGAGAGACCGAACGGGAGAUUUCACACGUCAGUCAACAAUUGACGUCGGUGCGACUGCAGAAAAAGGUCCUGAAUUGUGAGAGAGCAGGUUCAGAGAGUCUACAGACUGACGCUGAAUAUUUGCAGAGGAACGUAACGUCAGGGAUCAGCACUUGCUUUUCUGGGAGCAAGCGUGACCUCCAGAAGUGUUUUGUGGGUGAAGCGGUCCACGCAGAGCAGCUUCAGUUUCGUGAGCAGGCUCUCGUCGCCCUGCUGAGCAUGCUCGGGGAAAACAUCCAGCGAUACAGAGAGGAAAGCACUAAACUUGACCACCUGACCGAAAAACUGAGUAACGGGAUGCCAGGAAAGCGUGAUCCAGACACUAAAAUGGAAACAGACAUGUGUAGCUUGACAAACACUGCCAUACUAUCAAAUGGACAUGUCGCCAUAACGACCAAUAACCUGGAGGACAAGAAGAAGAACUCGAGAGCUAACAUGAAGGCAUCGUUGACGAAAGUGACUAGUCUCUCACGAUCAGGAAGUGUGAAAAACCUCAUCCACAAGUUCUCUGUUUCUGAAAGCAGUGAUCAGAUUACGCCUAAUGUUUCUCCAUCGCAACAACAAAAUGAUGGAACUGGAAAUGCAAAAGAAAGCGAGAUUCCUGCUGUAACAGUAACGCCGCCAUCUGGAAAGUCAAAGAAUGUUUCUAAUGGUCCUAAUGUACACUCGGACUCUGGCCAGUUGGAACAAGAGAAUGAACCAAUCAGCCCUGGAUCUGAGGAGGAGCCACUGACCCCUAAAGCGUUGCCAAGCCCAAAGUACCAGAUGUUUCUCGGGUCUGGUCCAAUCAGAAACGAUGGUAGCGGACCAGGUGGACCCACCGAUACCAGCCCCAGGGCCAAUGGAACUCUUUCCAAAUCUAAUUUGUCUCCAUGGAAAUCAAUGGAGUCACUGGCUGUGAGAGACUUGGACAGCAGCCCCUACAAGACUGGCAGUGCUGAGGCGCCUCCCAGAGUAUUUAACAGCCCCUACUCAACCAUCUCACUGGACUACAGCCCUGUAAAUCGAAUGUCUGAAUACAAGAUGCCAGAGAGGAGGUCUCCAACAACAUCCGAGAUGAAUUUAUUCACUUUAAACCGAAGCUCAAGUCCUGUGAACACUAACGCUCCCCGUGCACGAUACACUGCCUACGACAGCCUCAACCGGAGACAAGUGCAACAAGGCCCUCCAUCACAAUUCUUGCUGAGGAACAGUCUGCCUGGCAAGCGGGAUUACAUUGAAGAGCUGACCAGACAGCUGGAGGACUGUCAGAGAAGAAACCAGUUUCUGGAGGCGGAGAGCAUUGAGCUGGAGAAGGAGAGGACCCAGAUUCGUUUUGAGAUGCGAAACUUGCUGGUAAAUAACGAGGAUCUGCUGCGUAUGAACACACAGCUCCAGACAGAACUGAAGAAGAUGAGAGAUAGGCUUGUUGAACUUGAAAGCGACAACAAUGUGAUGGUGGAGCGUUUCAAGCAGGUCGAUGUGGAACUGAAAGAGGCACGAGAGGUCAUGGUGGAAGCAAACACUCAGGAAUAUGCCUUUAAUUUCCUGCAACAGUCACUCAAAAACAGGAUACAAGAUGCAGAGGAGGCUCUGGAGAAGCAGACCCAGCAUGCACAGGAGCUGUCUGAGAAACUGUGGCUGGCUGAGAGGAAUCUGGAGGAGAUGGAGAUUGAAAGAGAAACCAAGGGAAAGAAAGCAGUGGAGCUCAACAGCACUGUAGAUAGACUGGAGUCUGAGCUGGCAGAGGUUCUACAGCAGGCAUCUCAGUCAAGUGCCGAGUUGAGUCUACAGCAGAAACUCCGAGUAGACACACAGCUGAGAGUGGAGGAGCUGGAGGAGUGUGUACUGGAGAAAGAGCAGGAGAUUAUGCGCUUGCAGCAGAUCAUCAGCCGCCUACAGGGAGAGGUCUCAGAUAAGCUGAUGGAUAAGGAGCAGUCUCUAGAGGAUGAGAUCCAACUGAGGGAGAGAAUUCAGCUUCAGUGUAAACAGGCUGAGAGAGCAGUGGAGGAUUUACAGAUGGAGCUGAACACACUCACACAGACCAGAGACGAUCUGAGCAAACAGCUCAAAGUAACGCAGGAAAAAGUGAUUGAUCUGGAAACUGACGUGGAAGAGCUGCAGGAGAACGAGCAAAGACUCAUCACCAAACACAAGAGAGCAAUGGAACAGUUUGAAAUGAUGCAGGUGAAACUGAUACACGAGAAGGACCUUAAUGAUAAACUGGAGUGUGAGAAAGUGAUCCUGGAGAGACAGGUUCGAGAGCUACGUGGUGAAAUCGAGGAGCUGCAGAAUAACCGAGUUCAGGAACAUGUGAUCACUAAAGCAGAGACCAGAGCUAAAGAACUGGAGAAUAUGCUGAGAAUGGAGGAGAGAAGUAAAGUGGUGCUGAACAACACCAUCAGUAAGCUGGAGAGGAAAAUUAAUGAACUGACUGAGCAGGUGGAGGAGGAGCACAAGAUCGGCAAUGAGCAGAAAGAUCUGAUGACGCAGAGAAUGAGAUCUCUGAAGAGGCAGCUGAAUGAGGUAGAAGAGGAGGCGAGUCGUCGUGAGGCUCAGUUCAGAUACACACAGCGAGAGUUAGCAGAGGAGAGAGAGUCCAGUGCUCGAUUACAGAAACAGCUGCUUGACCUGCAGCUACAGAUGAAGCGAAAGGAGUCAGUACUGAAGAGGCAAACUCUGGAUAUCUUGAAGCUUGACUUCUCUGAAGAUGAGGAGGAGGAAGAAAAGAAGCCUGCAGAGCCCACUUCAGCCGUGAACUGAGAGAGAACACUAACUGGAGAAUCUCGAGAUAGUGAAUGUAUGACAAAUAUAAAUACAAGUUGCAAAAACAUUUACAGCAAACAAAACACCAACAAAACAAAUGUUUUAAUACUUAAGUGUCACUAACUUUAAUACCUGGGAUCUAACCAAGCUUUAUACCUGGAAAAGGAAACUUCUGUUUGUUGGUGGGCUUUUAUUUUAUUUUUUUAAAAUCGACUUUACAUGGACAGUGUUAAGUCCAGACGAUAAGCUUGACUCUGUCUGUCUGCUAAAUGUUUUUUUGCAGGGGUUUAGAGGGGAAUGUUCUCGCUGCCACACAGUGAUCUUCAUAGAGCAACGUGCAGGCCAUGCACGGUUUUUAUAUUUUAACUGUAUAGAGGAAAGUCUUAAUAUUUAAUUUAACUUUGUUCGUUCUUUUUUCCUGUCCUAAAAGUGUACAUGCACUAAGAAUAAUGUAAAUAUUUUUGCAAACAUUAACUUGGAAUUCAUUGUGUAAGGAUGCUAAUUCUCCUGGUUAAAAAAGAGCAAUUAGUUAAACUAUUUUAUAAAAGAAGUUUGAGGAACUAAACACCUUUUUUUUUUGUGCCGUAAUUUAAUACUAAACGUUUAAAUUGGAAACAUUAUCCAAGUUUCGAUUUUUAAAUCGCUGUUCGCUUUUUCCACAAUACAUCAUCUAAGCCAAGUUAUAAGAAGCUUGGCAUCAUGCUGGUUUGUCCCAAACAGCUUGAUUUAAUCAUCAGCAUUAGCAUUUCCAAGAGUCAUAAACCAUUUUCUUUACUUGGAUUAGUUUAACCAAAAUGCUAAUGUUAGUAAAAAUGAAUUGAAAUUGUAAUGUUAUUAAAAUGGACCUGGGCUUCAAUUCAGUUUUAUCUAAAUCCUUUCUUUAGAAUGAACUUGUAAGCUCAAAUAUGCACGGGAAUAUGGUCUUUUCUUUGUGCGUGUGUUUUCAUGCUAACAAAAAUGAAAAUGCCAAGACCAGCAUGGAUUCCUUGUUGGUCUGAGCUGGUGUAUGUCCAAAAUGUGCAUAAUUAAAGGAUGUCAUCCACUCUUCACUCUAAA